CGGUAAGAUGGCGGCUGCCGCCGCUGGGCUGAGCUGGAGGCGGGUGUCUUCCUUUACGGGGCCGGUGCCACGAUCCCGUCACGGGCACCGCGCGGUCGCCAUCCGCGAGCUGGUCAUUAUCUUCGGGGGCGGCAACGAGGGCAUCGCGGAUGAGCUGCACGUCUACAACACGGUUACAAAUCAGUGGUUCCUUCCUGCUGUAAGGGGAGAUAUUCCUCCAGGCUGCGCAGCACAUGGAUUUGUUUGUGAUGGCACCAGAAUACUAGUUUUUGGAGGAAUGGUUGAAUAUGGAAGAUACAGUAAUGAUUUAUAUGAAUUGCAGGCAAGUCGAUGGCUCUGGAAAAAAGUAAAACCUCAACCUCCUUCCACUGGAUCACCACCUUGUCCUCGACUUGGCCACAGCUUUUCUUUAUAUGGUAACAAGUGCUAUUUAUUUGGUGGCCUGGCAAAUGAAAGUGAGGAUUCAAAUAAUAAUGUUCCCAGAUAUUUGAAUGACUUCUAUGAACUGGAGCUGCAGCAUGGUUCUGGCGUUGUCGGCUGGAGUAUUCCUGUGACCAAAGGGAUCUUGCCAUCCCCACGAGAAUCUCACACAGCCAUCGUAUACUGCAGAAAAGAUUUGGGAAGUCCAAAGAUGUAUAUUUUUGGAGGGAUGUGUGGCUCUCGGCUUAAUGAUCUCUGGGAACUUGACAUAGAAACCAUGACCUGGUCAAGACCAGAAACUAAAGGAACAGUACCACUUCCUCGCAGUCUCCAUACAGCCAAUGUAAUAGGAAACAAAAUGUAUGUUUUUGGUGGAUGGGUUCCACAGUCAGCAGGAGGUGAAAUUUCUGCUCAUGAUGGUGAAUGGAAAUGUACCGGUUCAUUUUCUUAUCUUAAUUUGGAUACCACAGAAUGGAUAGGUCUGAUCUCAGAUUGCCAGGAGGACAAAAGUAACUUGUUACCAGGGCCAAGAGCAGGACAUUGUGCUGUAGCAGUUGGCACUCGUCUGUAUAUCUGGAGUGGUAGAGAUGGUUACAGAAAAGCUUGGAACAAUCAAGUCUGCUGCAAAGAUCUUUGGUACCUUGAUACCGAGAAACCUCCAGCACCAUCACAGGUACAGCUGAUUAGAGCUACAACCAACUCUUUUCAAGUGAAAUGGGAUGAAGUACCUACAGUUGAAGGAUAUCUUCUUCAGUUACAUGCUGAUUCACCAGUGCCGCCAGCGGCUGGAAUACCUGGUACUGGGGUUCCUGAGACAUCAGUGCUGAGUCCACAAGGUGGCUCUUCUCUACAUCAAAGUCCACAAUCAUUGCCUAAUGUUCCUUAUCCAGAAAUGAAGGCAGAUCAUCCCAGCCAGACAAAUAAUGUCAUUCCUAAUAAUGUCCAAGUUUCCCUUGCAUCCAACUCAUUAUUAAAAGUAGAAGGAAAAGAAAAGGUUGCAGCACCUGAAAGCAAGAUUACACAUGAGACUAUGAAAAACCAUGCAGAUGCUACAGGAUUCAAAGAAUCAAAUGCCCCUUCUCUUUUGCCUGUUUGUACUUCAAGUCCUCAAACUUCAGCAAAUGUAGGUGAAUUGCAUGACUUGGAUAAACAAACUGUAAAUCCUGAUGCUUCUGUAUCCAGUACUGUCUCCAGCACACAAACUAUGGUAACCCAGCAGGCUGUUAAAACUGAAUCAUCAAGUACAAAUGGGGCAGUUGUUAAAGAUGAAACUUCACUAACAACAUUCAAUUCAAAAUCUGAAGCUGCUGAAACUGCGUAUGUCAUGCCUUCAACAAGGGUCAGCUCUGGACAGACAAAUGAUUCACACUCCUCUAAAACUCCACAAAGACCACUGGUGAAAGCAAGAGACCGACAGUGGUAUGACGUUGGGAUUUUUAAGAACAACAGUGCCGUGGUGAGCCAGUUCUACUUGCUGCCAGAGGAAACACUGAACAUCUCUAACAAGAUGGAAAGUGCAGAUGCACCAGACUACAGACUACUUAAGAAACAGGAUCUUUUUCCAGGCACAGUGUACAGGUUCAGAGUUGCUGCAAUUAAUGGCUGUGGUGUUGGGCCUUUCAGUAAAAUCAGUGAAUUCAAGACUUGCAUUCCAGGUUUUCCUGGAGCUCCUUCAACAGUCAAAAUCACCAAGAGCGUAGACUGUAUUCAUCUUUCUUGGGAGCCUCCUGCUUCACCCUCUGGAAAUAUUUUGGAAUAUUCUGCCUACUUAGCAAUCCGUUCCACACAGUUACAGGAAAACCCAAGUCAGCUUGUGUUUAUGCGAAUAUACUGUGGUCUUAAAACGUCAUGUAUAGUGACUGCUGCCCAGCUUUCAAAUGCUCACGUUGAUUACACUUCCCGACCUGCUAUAGUGUUCAGGAUUUCCGCAAAGAAUGAGCGAGGAUAUGGGCCAGCAACGCAAGUUCGAUGGCUUCAAGGUAAAGUCAGUGUCAGGCGCAGUAUUUAAAUGGAGGAAGUGGUGUAUUGCGUCUCUAGAGCUAAUGCUUCUCUGAGCAACACAUGUAAAGUUCUUGAAAUAUUGUUUUGUUCCUUAUAGAAGUUUUAAGAGAAUUCAGUUGUUGAAUUUGGCAUAACAUUUUAAAAGCAUUUUUGUUCACAAGCAAAGACAAGCAAGGACUGGAAUGUUGGUCAUCGAGUCUUACCCAGCCCCUCAAAUAAUAAAAGACCAGUAUGGUUCUGAGUUCCUUGGGCAUCACUUCAGCUCAAAAGCUUUUUAUUCUAAUAAGAAGCAAUCCAGUUACAUGCAUGGGUCUAAUCAGGGUGUUUUUCAGUCUUUCCCUAGUCCUCAUUAGAAGGAUCUUUCAUAUUGUAAGGUGUGUUUUUGUGGGACAGGUACACUUUAAAGUGUAUAUUACAGCCAAAAGAGGUUUUGUCACCCUAUGUCCCUAUGCUUGAAUGUGUACAGGUUCAUGAUGAGUUGGGGAUGGGAAUGGAUCUCCUGAAAAUAAAGAUUAGCUUUAAGCCUGAUCAGUUCUGGCUCACCUUUUUAAGCAAGCAAAUCAAGGUGCUGAAAACAAGAAGUUUUGCUUGCUCUGCCUCUUAAGCCACUCCUUCCUCAUUCUACCUUAGCUUUCUGGUAGCUGGGAGCUAGUUUUGCUCAGCCAGAGGUCCUGUGAGCAUGGAGUAAGGUUAGGAAGGGCAGAGUAAGGGGAGUGUGCACACCCCCUUGGGGAGCAAUGAACUGUUGUAUGGGUUUAGCUGACCUCUCAGUCUGUGGGCUGUGAUCCCCAGGAGGUGGUUAAAAGCCAGCUUGUUUUCUGAUGAUUUUUUUUAAGAUGGAUAGCAACAAUGAAGAAGUUGUUUUCUGUAAUGUGGAGUAUUCCAAUGCUGGUUUAACCAUUUAAUUGGCAAGGGUUUUGACCUUGAUCUGUACCCCAGAACUCUGAAAUAGUCAUUGUUUGGAGGUGUUUGACCCUGUGUACAAUGUGAAAUUAUGAAACAUUUAACAAUGUCUCCUUCGUUUUGCAGAUAUGAAAACAUCAAGCUCCAAGUAGAAACAACAUGAUAAAUCUCAGAUUUCGAAUGCAGUGUUUAAUGUAACUCUUGUACUAUUUGUAAAUGCUACAAAUAUUUUAUUUUUGCAUUGUUUUUAUCUUAAAAAUAUAUAACCUUUUUUACGUUUAGAACAUCAGCAUUAUACAGCCUUGCUCAGGUAUGAGUACCAUAUAGAAAGUAUAUUUAGGAUGGUGGGCUGGAGGACCGUACUCUAUCCAGCAGCUCUUUUUGGUAGUGAUAGUUAAAAAUGUAAAAAAGACAGAGCUUCAGAUUGAAAAUGAAUACAUAAAUAAUUGGCACAUGCAGUAGUAUUGAGGUAGAAUCCCCAUGAUUGCUACAGAUCCUGCAUAGGUAAUUCAUAAGAUUUGGUAUAUGAGCAAAUUCUGUUGGUUUCAGUUCCUUAUAGCACAUUCUUCGUUGCAGUGCCUGAGUACAAGGCAAAAACUUCCAGUUAUUAUAUAGUAACUUAAAAUGUAUAAAUAUUUUAAUAUAUACUUUUUUUGUAAAGAAAUGAUUUUUCUACUAUUUGUAACAAAUAUCUUAAUCUUGAAAAAUAGCCCCUGAAGAUUUAAAAGGAAAAAUAUAAAACUUAGUCAUUUCUCUUAUUAAGAAAACCGAAAAUUCAUUGUAAAUGCACUGCUACUAUUUAGAACUAUCCUUUUGUAGUUGUACAAAUCUUAAACUUGUAAAUACCAAUGUUUACAAGAGACCUUUCUGGUCUUGGAUUAAAACUUCCAUGAGAUUCAUUCUCUUUUUUUCUUUUCUUUUUUUUUGUUUUUGUUUUAAAUCCAUAUGCUUUGCUUUUAGCAUAUGCUUGCUUUUUGCACUAAUAAUAACUUACCUCAUUCCUGUGUUUGUAAUCACUUGUGUUGCUUCCAUCAUGUUUCUGUAAGACUUCAAUCGGAAAACGUUAACCAAAGUUUUGAAUACAUGGUAAGCAAUUUUGCACAUAUUAUAUGGCAACUUUCAACAUAUUUAUUCCAGUUAAUCUUCUUAAGUGCUUGUUUGCUUUACCAGUAUAUUCUACCAAUCAAGUUCAGUAUCUCCCUUUUUACUAUGCAUCAUUUUACAUUAAGUAGCUAGCUGAUGAAUUCAACAAGCAUUACUUCUAGGAAUAGGUUGAUCCAUUCCUAUGCUAAGAGGGAAAAAAGUGUUCACAGUAGUGAAAUAAAGGUAAACAUCUUAAAUGCUAUUUAUGUAUCUCUAUAUAAACCUAUGUUUACCAAAGCGUAGAGGAAAAUGGCUGAGUUGGACAAGGUCACUAGGUGAAUAGAUUGAGGCACCUAAAUAAGAUUUAUUUUGAAAGAAAAUCUAAAUUAUGUACUGUGCAAUGAAGUUUAUACUUUGCACUUUAAUUUUGCCCCAAAUGCCAAAAGACUAUAUGUCAAGGUAGAAUUUCUUGCCUCUGCCACUUAAAUUUGUCUUAAGAGCGUUUGUAAAUAUAUAAACUGAAACAAAUGAUGUGCCUGGUUUGGUGGGAGAAGGAUCACUAAAAUAGUAGAGAUUUAACAGCUCCAGUAUCCCAGAACUAACUUAAUAGCCAGCUUUUGGCUACCCUGAAAAUCAGGGUUGUGAUGGAAGUGCUGAUCCAGCCUUAAUUGUCACAACACAUCACAUGCUAUAAUAGCAUAUAAAAAGUGCUGGGGACCAUAAAUCGCCAUAAUAGUGCUAGUUGUGGCACAGGAGUAAUACACGUGGGUUUGCUCCAGAGAAAAAUGUUGUGUUUAUGACAACGACAGAUGCCCCACAUUCACUUUAAACAGUGUUUAUAGUAUGAAUGUAUAGGACUUUUCCUGAAGUUAACUGGCUUUAAAAUAUUUGUGUUUUUAAUGGUCCAUUUCAUCAAUACCAAUACUGUCUGAUAACUGAAAUAACAUACACAUGAACUGCUAACUAGAAGAAUAGAACUUGGUUUUUCUCAUUAGUACUGUGAAAGAAGCCUUUAGAGAAAACACUUGUGGCUUUGAUUUUGUUGGUUGGUAGCCGUGAUUGUAGAGUUGUUAUUUAAGAAUAAAACCUGUUGGGUAUGUCUGGGUGGAGUUUUUUUGCACUUGGUUUCACAUGCUUUGCACAAUUUCUUUUUCAGUGGGUAUGUCACAACUACCAAAGGGUAAAAGUGUGGCGUUUUCAAUGAAAGUAUAAUUUCCUUGUAAGUGUGCUUUCUCCAGCUGCCCUGACAUAAGAUGUCACUUUUCUCUCCUUUGUCCAAGUUGGGUGACGUUGAAUAGUGAUCAUACGCAAAUCUUCAGUUCCUCACAGCUUUACUUCAAGAUGAAAUUGUGGUUCACACUGUAAAAUACACUUUGUGCUCUGUUUUCAGAACUGUAUUUAUAACGUCUAAAUCCCACCUGUUUGCCUAUCUAUCAAGUAGAUAUCAGACAAAUACUGACUGUUUGAUUUUUGAAUUUGUUCAGAAGACUGUUGACAUUGGCUCUUUGGGAGUCCAUGUUAGCCAUUUACUUCCUAUAUUGCUAAAGGACAUUGUAACAGAAGCUGAAUCUAUCAGAUGACAGUAUCCACGCUGUAGACGUGUCUAGGUUUACUAAACUCCUUAGGGAAGUUGUGACUGUAAGCAGAGGACUGUCAUGCCACUUACGGCAGACACAGCUACAGCUUCACCUCAAGAAUGUUCUUGUGAAAAUGGAAAUGAAGUGAACAAUAACCUACACUUUGUGUUUUCAAGGUAAUUAUAGCAAUAUCUUCUGAAUGUAGUUUGGAAUAGAGCACAUGAUCAUGCCAUGAACUCUGAAGGUAUAAGUAUUACUGUUGUUACCUGAUAUUUCAGGGUAGCGGAUUUGACGUGAACUUAGUCUUACAGCCUGUUACUUAAUGACCUCUACAAGGAAACUGACAUUUUGUACUAUUCAAGUUGAUCAGUCUUAUUUCAGAACAUUGUUUGUUCUUUGUAAUAAAGUGG